GUAGUAUGUUCCGCAUGUCUGUCCUCUAAUCUUGGAGAGACGGUUGAGAUAUGCCUCUAUGUCUAUAAGCUGUCAUCUCUGGAUUGACUGAGUCGCUGAAAAUAUCAGGAAUCAAUUGCAUUGCAUGCCUCCAGUGCGGAGAGCUUGCCAGGCAUAGAUCUAUAAACUCCGCAGACAACCUUCGCUUGACUUCAAUGAGGGCUGUGAUCUUCUCAAUAUCCGCACGCUCUUCCGUGCCUGCUUUCCAAGAUGUGGCUUGAUCGCAUAUCAGGCCACUCCACCCCCUCCGGUGUCCCUUUCGAUAGUCGCAGCAAUUCACCUGCUCCCCGACGAUCUUCCUCCCUCCUGUCGCCUGCUCCACUGAACAACCGUCCGAGUCAGAACCGGCAAGGCUCCUCGUUAUCCGUUCUGCUGACACCAAGUGACUCGACCACCUCUCUGCCGGCAACCGCACGCGGAGUCAAUGGCUCGGUUCUCAAACAAGGCGCCGCAAGGUCCCGUCCUUCUGACGUAGCUGAUCCGCUCGAGGUGCUGAAGGACAUUAUUGGAAAGCAGAAGGGUGACGUAGAGACAAAUGAGUCUCUGAAGACGUCAACCCCUGAAGCAAAGCCGUUGCACUUGGUCGAGUCGAUAGACUUCGGAGAUCUUAGCCUUGAGGAGUUCGUAUCUCAAGUAGGCGAGCCACGGAGAGCUACCUCUACCGAUGUCAGUGCACAGACGCUCCAGCAAUUCGAGAAGGAAAGAGAUAAGUACCAGGAAUUACAUGCUGCCAUCACAAGUUGUGAUGAUGUCUCAAAAUCGGUUGAGAUGUAUCUGAGCGACUUCCAAAGUGAACUUGGUGCUGUUUCGGCUGAGAUAGAGACUCUCCAGACUCGGUCUGUACAGUUGAACGCGAUGCUGGAGAACCGGCGCAAAGUAGAGCAACUUCUCGGACCCGCGGUUGAGGAAAUCAGUAUCUCGCCGAGAGCUGUUCGAUUGAUUGCCGAAGGACCCAUUGACGAGAACUGGGUCAAAGCUCUGAAUGAGAUCGAAGCACGCAUGACGAGUAUAGAAGCCAAGGUUUCUGGUAGCAGUAGCACAAAAGCAAUUGAAGAUGUGCGACCGCUUCUGAAUGAUAUCAAGAACAAAGCAGUGGAAAGGAUUCGGGACUACCUAGUAUCCCAGAUCAGAGCAUUGCGUUCUCCGAACAUCAAUGCUCAAAUUAUCCAGCAGCAACGCUUGGUCAAGUUUAAGGACCUGUACAGUUAUAUUUCCCGAGCUCACCCUCAGCUUACGGGAGAGAUUACGCAGGCAUACAUUAACACUAUGCGCUGGUACUAUCUCUCCCAUUUCACUCGCUAUCUGCAAGCUCUUGAAAAGAUCAAAGUCUAUCCGAGUGAUAGGAACGAUAUACUGGGGGGAGAUCCUUCCGCGCCGAAGACAGGGCAUAUCAUCUCCUCAGGUCGCUCUGGGUCCGCUGCGCAUGACCCAUUUUCGCUGGGGAGACGUAUUGACAUACUUCGUACUAGUAACCACAUGGCCCUGUCUGCAUAUCUCGCCGAAGAGGAUAAUGCGUUCCAUGGAAUUGAAGUUCCUUUCAGAAACUUCAACCUGGCUCUGGUGGACAAUAUAUCGGCUGAAUAUUCUUUUAUGACGGAGAUGUUUUCCACUUUGUCCUUUCACCAGAUUUCUCGGAAGGCCGUUGAGAUAUUCGAACCUGUUUUCGCACUGGGGCAGGGUCUUACAAAACAAUUGACCGAGAACUCGACAGACUCAUUGGGGGUGUUGAUCUGUGUGCGACUGAACCAGCAAGCGGCAUUCGAACUGCAACGUCGCAAAGUGCCUGUUGCCGAUUCCUACAUCAACGGAACCAACAUGCAGCUUUGGCCCCGGUUCCAAGUUAUUAUGGACCUUCACCGGGAGUCUUUGAAGCGAGUGGCGUCGAACACCGGUCGGAGUGCUGUUUCUGCCUUGUCAUUAGCUGGAGGCGGCGACUUGACCCAAUCUUCGGCUCCCCACUUUCUCACACAGCGGUUUGGUCAACUGCUGCACGGAAUAUUAGUGCUGAGCAGCGAUGCUGGGGAUGACGAACCUGUUGCGAACAGUUUGAAGCGAUUGACUGCCGAAUUCGACGGCCUGUUGACCAAACUUAGUCGCAGCGGCGGUGACGCAAAGAGAAGGGAGAAAUUUUUGUUUAAUAACUAUUCUUUGAUUUUGACCAUCAUCAGUGAUACCCAUGGCAAAUUAGCAACAGAACAGAAACAGAGUGUAUCUCAAAGCCUUUUCACUACAGCCACAGCGAUGGCUACCCGCGCUUGCAUCGCUGUAUCGAGGCCAUUCCUCGCACGGCGCAACUUCUCAAGCACGCGGGCCUCCAGCGCAGACGUCACACAUGCGGUGAUUGGAGCUGGCGUUGUCGGUCUUGCGAUCGCGCGGCAAUUGGCCUCGAGACAGGGUACAUCGACUAUUCUCUUAGAGCGGCACGAUGCAGUGGGGACCGAGACGAGCAGUCGCAAUUCCGAGGUCAUCCACGCGGGGAUAUACUACGGAACCGAUUCCCUCAAAGCGAAACUCUGCAUCCGCGGCAAACACAUGAUGUACGAUCUCUGCGCCAAGCAAGGCAUUCCACACCGCAACACGAAGAAAUGGAUCGUCGCGCAGAACGAAGAGCAAUGGGCCGCCGCGCUGGGCACACACAAGCUCGCGCAGACCCUCAGCGUGCCCACCCGGCUCGUCGGCCGCGAGGAGGCCCAGCGGCGGGAACCCGAUGUCCAAGCUCUAGCGGGGAUCGUGGAGAGCGAGACGACGGGGAUCGUCGACAGCCACGCGCUCAUGACAUACCUGCAAGGCGACUUCGAGGACCGCGGCGGGGACUGCGCGUUCCUGACGAACGUGACAGGGAUCGAGGCGCUGGAUGGCGGCCAGGCCGGGUACAGGAUUACUGCUACGUCGGCGGACGGGGCGGAGACGUCCAUCACGGCGGAGACGCUCAUCAACAGCGCGGGGAACGGGGCUUGCGCGAUCAACAACAUGGUUCUGCCGGCGGAGCGGCACCGCACCCCGUUCUACGCCAAGGGCACGUACUUCUCGUACUCGGCUUCGUCUCCCCGGACUUCCGUGCUGGUUUAUCCGGCUACGCUGCCGGGUCAUGGAGGACUGGGGACGCAUCUGACGCUGGACCUGGGGGGACGGAUCCGCUUCGGGCCAGAUGUCGAGUGGGUGGAUGAUCCGACGGAUCUGAAGCCCAGCCCGGCGAGGCUGCAGCAGGCUCUGCCGGAGAUCAAGGCGUAUCUGCCGCGUGUUGACCCGGAAGCCAUCAGUCUGGAUUACUGCGGCAUCCGGCCGAAGCUGGGCCGUGGCGGCGCCGUCAACACGGGCAAGGGGUUCCAGGACUUUGUCAUUCAGGAGGAGGAGGGGUUUCCUGGCUUCAUUAAUCUGCUAGGGAUCGAGAGUCCGGGGUUAACGAGCUCGCUUGCCAUUGCGGAGAUGGUCGAGAGGCUUCUCUAUAGGUGAAGAGUGUCCUUCGAAACUGGUGUUUGGAGCGUUGAUUGGUACUAUACCCGUUGCACAUAUUAGUUUGUAUACAC